AUGGAAAAAUACGUGUUGUCUUAUUUCAAUUAUCGAGGGAGAGCCGAGGCGAUUCGUUUGAUGUUGAUCGAUCAUACAAUUCCAUUUGCGGAACAUACAAUUCAUGAAAAGGAAUGGGCUUCGUUGCGAACAAGCUAUCCUUUCUUACAAGUACCAACCCUUCGCAUCGAUGGUCACACAACCAUCGCCCAAACGGGCGCUAUAAUGCGAUAUUUUGGGCGAAAAUUAGCCACAAUGGUCGACGUAUUAUUUGAAGCAACGAGAGACUGGAGGAAUCGAUAUCAAAGGCUGAUCUAUGAAGAAUAUGAAGAACAAAAAACCAAUUAUAUUGAUCACUAUUUACCAAAACAAAUCGCGAAUUUUGAGAAGAUUUUUGCGACUCGUGGCUAUGAGGGGCCAUAUCUUUUGGGGAAAAAGUUAUCGAUCGCCGACUAUGCUCUUUUUGAAGAGCUUUGUGUUUCGAAAUUAUUAGCACCGGAUUGUAUGGAAUACAUCAAUCGCCGUUCGAUUCGCAGCCUGCCAGUCAACGGCAAUGGCAAACAA